GCUUCGGCCGGGCGCUCGGACCAGACGGGCAGGGAGGACAGGACAGACCCGAAGGCGCCCGCGCCGAGGUCUCGCCCGCGUCCCGGAGAGGUCGGCGCGCCCGGGGAGCCACCUGCCGGGCCGCGGUCGGUCGGCGCCCGAAGUGCGGCUCGCGGCGUCCGGCUCGGGCAGUGCGCGGAGCUCCCGGCGCCCCCGGUCCGGCUCACCUGAGUCCCGGCCUCCGCCGUCGCGGGCGCUCGUGGCUCGGAACGUCCCCCGCCCCCGCCACGCGCGGAGAGGACGCGCGGCGGCCGGAGCUCGCCAUGGCCGGGGCGCGCCGGCUGCUGUGCCUGUGGCUCGGCUGCUUCUGCGCGGGCCUGGCGCGCGGGGACCGGCUGAGGCAGAGCGUCCCGGAGCCCCGCGGCGCUGCGACCGGCGACCGCGCGGCAGGUGCCGACCCGGGCCCCGCGCUGCGGCCGCACGACCGUGUGUCCGCGCACAUGCUGCGGCUCUACGACCGGUACAGCGGCGGCGGCGCGGCCGAGGCGGAGCGCACCCCCGGGUCCUCGGAGCGGGGCUCGCGGCCCCCGCGCCCCCGGCCCCUGCGCGAAGGCAACACGGUGCGCAGCUUCCGAGCCGGAGCAGCCGGAACCCUUGGAAGCAAGGGACUGCACAUUUUUAACCUGACUUCUCUAACCAAGUCUGAAAACGUUUUAUCUGCCACCCUGCACUUCUGUGCCGGGGAGCUCAUCAACGUGAGCUUGAGCUGUCCCACAUCCAGAGGAUGCUCACAGCAGGCGCAGGGGAAACACUUACAGAUUGAUCUCUCUGCGUGGAUCCUUAAAUCCGACAGAAACCAAAGUCAACUCCUGGGUCAUCUUUCAGUAGAGGUCGCCAAAUCUCGAGACUUGGGAUCCUGGCUGUCUAAAGACAUCACUCAAGUCCUGAGGAAGGCCAAGGAAAAGGAGGAGUUCCUCAUAGGAUUUAAUAUUACCUCCAAAGGACACCCACUGCCAAAGAAGAUGUCCCCCUUCCCCGAGCCUUAUAUCUUGGUGUACGCGAACGACGCUGCCAUUUCUGAGCCGGAGAGUGUGGUCUCAAGCCUACAAGGACACCGUAAUUUCCCCACCAGAGCUGCGCCUCCGCUGGACAGCCAUAUCAGAGCUGCCCUUUCCACGGAACGGAGGAAGAAGCGCUCGGCUGGGGUCCUGCUCCCUCUGCAGAACAAUGAGCUUCCUGGGGCCGAGGACCAGUACGGGGAGGACGGGCCAUGGAAGGAGAGGAAACCCUACAAGACCCUUCAGACUCAGGCCCCAGAGAAGACCAAAAACAAAAAGAAACAGAGAAAGGGACCUCACCAGAAGAGCCAGACGCUCCAGUUUGAUGAGCAGACCCUGAAGAAGGCCAGAAGGAAGCAGUGGAUCGAGCCUCGGAAUUGCGCCCGGCGGUACCUGAAGGUGGACUUUGCGGACAUCGGCUGGAGCGAGUGGAUCAUCUCCCCCAAGUCCUUUGACGCCUAUUACUGCUCCGGGACCUGCCAGUUCCCCAUGCCCAAGUCUUUGAAGCCCUCAAAUCACGCUACCAUCCAGAGCAUAGUGCGUGCGGUGGGGGUCGUGCCCGGAAUCCCGGAGCCUUGCUGUGUGCCCGAGAAGAUGUCCUCGCUCAGCAUCUUAUUCUUUGAUGAAAAUAAGAACGUGGUACUUAAAGUGUAUCCUAACAUGACGGUAGAGUCUUGCGCUUGCAGAUAACCUGGCAGAGAACGCGCACGAUGCUUAAUUCUAUCAGUACUUUAUUUAAUGGACUCCCCCUCCUUUUUUUUUUUUUUUUUUUGCACUGCCAAUGCAUUUCACCCCAAAAGAUCUUUUUAUAGUUAAAGAGAACGAGCAAAUAGACUGAUGAUUCCCACCAAGGAGAACGACUGUGCUUGUUUCUGAAUGUAACUCAACGCAAGAUUUUAGUAAAUAUGGACAUUUACUUCUUUUUUUAAAAAAAAAAAUCACAAAAAAAGAUCACUCAAACUGUUUUUAGAGCUAUUAAAGGACACACUGAUUUAUUUUUGUAAUGGGCUUUGAAAAUAGGUUGGGAAAACACCAGUAGCUUUUCACUUAUCUCUAAGUAGGUUUACUGCCCUAGAUUCCUGAGCGACUCUGCGAGUGCUGAAUUAUCCAAUCAACAUUUAUGUUUAUCUUAGAAAUGUUUAAGACUCUUGUUUGCCGGUGUUUGUCCUCCAUGUGUCCUUGUGUGAACGGAUGACGGAGAGGGUGUGCUGAGUGUGGGUGUACAGAUGCAGGUGCGUUGCCGGCUGCCCUGGCCCUUCUGUAGGAAGGUUUGCUUUGCACAGUUUUGUAAUUCAGCCUACACGGGAUUCUUUGUUUUAUUCCUUUCUCCUUCUGGCAAGCACCAUUCAAUUAUGAGAACUUUACCAAGAAGGAGAGAGUGAUCCAAGAGCACAAGCCUGGCCCUUCAGUUUGAAAUACACUUAUUUUCAUUUCAUUGUCUCCAAGAAAAGGGAAGCAGCAACCCAAUUUUCAGACCCAGGGGGAGUUCCCCUUCUGUAAUCCUUUGUCACAAGUACCUUCAUUUGUUCCUUUAAACUGAAUU